AUGAGAUUUGGCAACCAAGGAGAGCAAGUUUUCCAGAGCUUGUUCCUCACACCGGUCUUGUUGGAUGGUGCUCCAAGGGAAGUGGAAGCAGGACCUUCAUCGCACCAGCUGCUUUCUCCCGGAGCCUCUACAAAUGGGAUUGUGGCUGCUCCAAAUCGAAGGAAUCCUUUACUGAAGCCCAGGAAAGGUGGUCUGGCAACCAAUCACUACCCUACCAUGUGGUUAGUAUAUGGCGCCAAGCGCAAGGAUCUAGCGCGGGGCAAGAGGAUCCACGCGACGGCGGUGGAAUGCGGCCUCGAUUCUGACCUGUUCGUGGGAUCUAGCCUGGUGAGCAUGUACUCCAGGUGUGGCAUUUUCGCUAGAUCGCGAAAGUAUGGAAACAUCGCCGACGCACAAAGAGUUUUCGACUCCAUGCAAGAUCACAACGUCAUCUCGUGGACGUCCAUGAUCUUUGGCUGCGUCGACAACAGCCAAGACGAGCUCGCUCUCGAGCUCUUCCGGCGCAUGAUGGAAGAGAAGCGGUGUCCUCUCGAUGCCUGGACUUUCGUGGCGGCUCUCAAGGCGUGCGGGAACUUGGCGGCGCUGGAAACCAGCCAAGAGAUCCACGAGCAAAUCCGGGACGCUGGACUGGAAAGAGAGGCCUCCAUCGCCGCGACGCUGGUCGAUUUCUAUGGAAGGUGUGGAAGCGUGGAUGAAGCUCUCGAGGCAUUCCAGCUAAGCUCGCAGGAGGAUAUGGUGGCCUGGACGGCCUUGGUCGCAGGAUAUAGCAGGCAGGGAGACACUCCACGAGUUCUGGAGUUCUUCCAGGCGCUGCUAGACAAAGACCUUCGUCCAGACGUGAUGAUCUUCUCCUCGCUUCUCUCGGCUUGCAGCCACGCCGGCUUGGUCGAUCUUGGCAAGCGUUACUUCGAAGAGAUGAGCUCAAAGUUUGGGCUGGCUCCCGGGAUCCAUCACUACCACUGCGUGGUGGAUCUUCUCAGCAGAAGUAACAGACUCGAGGAAGCGGUGGCUAUGGUGGCGAGGAUGCCAUUUGAGGCGAUGCUGGUAACUUGGACGACCGUGCUCGCAGGGUGUCACAAGAGAUUGGCGUUUCAGCGUUUGAUUGCUCUGGACAGGAGAUUAGACUCGGCCUACGCUCUUAUGGCGAACAUCUAUGGAAGUCUCGGGCUGUGGAAGGAGAGGCAAGAGAUCCAAGCGAUGAGAACUAUGAACGUUUCGUAG